CCUUCCUGCCCUGAGCCGCUCCGCCAGCCUCCUCACAUAAACCGACCACCGGAGAAAAAAAAACCCAAAUUCACGUGAAAUCCUCCGUAAACCGAGCGGGUCCCGGGAGUAAUGAUGGGCGGUAAGACGAGCGCGCUAGCCGCGGGGGUGUGCGGCGCUCUGUUCGUCGGUUACUGUAUUUAUUUCGACAGGAAAAGACGGAAUGACCCCAACUUCAAGAACAGGCUGCGAGAACGGAGGAAGAAGCAGAAAGUGGCCAAAGAGAGAGCAGGUCUGGCAAAGCUUCCAGACCUGAAGGACGCUGAGGCGGUGCAGAAGUUCUUCCUGGAGGAGAUCCAGCUGGGGGAGGAGCUUCUGGCUCAAGGAGACUAUGAGAAAGGCGUGGACCACCUGACCAACGCCAUCGCGGUGUGCGGUCAGCCUCAGCAGCUGCUGCAGGUCCUGCAGCAGACUCUGCCCCCGCCCGUCUUCCAGAUGCUGCUCACCAAACUGCCGAGCAUCAGCCAGCGUAUCGUGAGCGCACAGAGUCUGAGCGAGGACGAUAUAGAAUAAGGGGUGGACUGAGACGAAACAAGCCCCGCCCACCACCCUUCCUCCUCCUCCUCCUCCUCAGUGGACCGACUCCUGCCAUCGCCUCGGCCUCCAUCGCUCCGGCCGACGUCCAUCACCUCCCACCAAGGCGUCCUGAAGGGAAUUAGUUUUUUUAUUCCUGGUUUCUCCAUGACAGUAGUGUUUGUUUUUUUUUACUUAAAUUACCCGUUUUGGGGUAUUAGAACAUCGCCAUCAUACAGCUCACUGAAACGCAAACAAGCCCCUCCCCCUGCCGCCAACAUUAGCUAUGUACAGUACUAACUACCUGGACUGGGUUCCUGUGGAAAACGUUACUCGGCUCCUUCCUUCAGGGCGGCAGACACGCGCCCUGACAGCAGCAUAUCCCAGGUUUACACUGUGUUUGAGCCGUCUUCAUGGUCGUCCUGGUGUCAGCGGUAGAACGGUGAACGACCAUCUUCUCUCUGCUCGGAUGCUUCACUAAGUAUUUAUUGUUUGUUAUCAGUCGUCUUUCUUUUCGGUUUAGACUCGGAAACGCUUUUUAAAAAGUGAUGAAAUGUUUUGUUCAUGUUGAAGAGGAUGAACCUCUUCAGGAAAAAAUUAAUAAUAAUAAUAAUAAUAAUGAUAAUAAAAAAUGAACAAACUAUCAA